AUGUCAUUUGGUGGAAAGUUUCGAUUCGAAGUGGCUGUGCAGAAAAAAUUCAAAGAUGCUGAAGAAGACGCGUUGGAUUUGGCAGAAGAAUAUUUGCAAGAGGGACUGCAGGUGGUCAUGCCUGGAGAAGUUGUGUGUCUGGAUGCUGCAACUAUAAGGUAUUUGGGUGAAGUUGGAGACGUGGUCGUGGGUCGAAUCACGGAGGUUGGCUCAAAACGAUGGAAAGUAGACGUGAAUUCUAAGAUGGACGCUGUUUUGCCUUUGGCUUCUGUUAUUGUUCCCGGCGCUGAAAACAGAAGGAAAACGAUGGAGGAUGAGAUUUCGAUGCGGAGUUUCCUGGAAGAGGGGGACUUGGUUGUUGCCGAAAUCCAUAAUAUUUUGUCUGACGGAACAAUCCAGUUGCAAGCCAGGAGUGACAAGUACGGAAAGCUUGGACUGGGAUUGAUGGUCAAGGUGAGUCCUGGGCUGGUGACGAGAAGAAAAACGCAUUUCCAUCGUUUGCCUUGCGGAGUCACUGUCAUUCUUUCAAACAAUGGUUACAUAUGGAUAUCUCCGAUGACGGGUAAAAAUGCCGAGGAAGAAGGCGUUUCUGCGCUUAGUGAACUGCCUGUGAGUUGA